AUGGUUCGGCGUUUAAUUACCGAGGGUCAUUUGACGGGCAGGAUAUCCUUGGUGGAUCGCAAAUGGUAUUGCACUCCCUCGGUCGAAAAGAGUCGCAAGAUCACAGAAGCUCCCAUCCUUGUGCCACGAUUCGGUACGGUAUAUGGUCGUUUAAUUUCCACGAUUGAACAUCCACCUUGCAAACCUUCCUGGGCCUCCUUUCGGAUCAGAAAAGAUCGGCUCGGCUUCUUAGGCCUUAGUCAGGAAAAGCCGCAACCCUCGCUCCUCGUCCAAUCUCUCCAGUCCAUGUCAAGCAAACGAGUACACUGGGACGACGAUAUCAAGCAGAUACCUCCCCCAGUUGAGAUCUACACUCCUCCACCUCAACUGCCAUCCCGUGCUCAACCGGAUGUAACAUCAGGUGCCCCGUUACCGAAAGCAUCUGGUCUGCUUCCGUACACUUCCUCAGUAUCCUCCACGUAUUCUGCUGUCCCACCAGGGCAGCCAAUUUCCGGUUUUCAUCAUAAUACCGCCCCACCGGUUGCAUCAUCAGCUUCUUCCUCCAGUGCGCGACGUCUACGUCACUCGUCUCCAUACACUUCUCUUCGAGCUCUCUUCUCCGCACAUACACGAAAGCGACCAAACGCAGCACCUAACCCGUACUUUCUUUCUCAUUCUUCCCCUUAUAUAUCUUGGACACAGUAUGCGGGUCCGUCGCAUCUUUCCUCGUCAAUAGCCAUACAUCGGGCUCUGAGACUGGGAACAUGCCCGCCUAUUGAUUUCUUCUCGCCGAAGCGCGUCAAACCGCAUGCUUCGGUGGCGUCGCAGUUUGCCUCUCAUCCUCCUCUACCUAGGAUUCUGAUGUUCGUCGAGAUAGAAAACAAUGGAUUCAACAUUGAAGUGCGAACACGGAAUGGAGUAGGCGUCACCGUCGAGGAUGUGCUGCUGCGUGCGCAGACUGUUCUUCGUGCCCUGAUAGGGCCAGAAAUCCUGGGCGGAUGCUACAGGCAGAAGUGCACUUGUGGAGUGGACAUCGAUAGAGUAAGCGCAUUUACUACAUUGUUCUUCGGGUUGAGUGUGGGAGGGGGAGCUAUGCUUCACGAGGAUCCGACAGUUUGGAGGAUGCAUCUGAAGCGUGUCAGGGCAAUGUAA